AUGACUAUAUCAGCUCUCCUGGCUGUGGCUAUUGUCGGGUCGUGGUUGGUUGUAUGGCUUCGGUCUCGCCGUGCCCUAGUUGACCUCCCUGUGAUGGGCGACACGAGCUUUUUAGCCCCUUGGAAAGUAGCAGGUGGCCUCGCUGGUCCUCCAGAUAAACUCUCUCAAGAAGGGUACGAGAAGUAUCGUGAGGGGUCCUAUCAAUUUGCCACAGCCAAUGGCUGGGAAGUAUGCAUCUGCAAUGAUACCUUAGUGAAGGAGCUGGCCCAGCUUCCAGAGGAAAUCAUGUCCCUAUACGCCUUCAAUGAUGCUCAAUUUCAAUCCGAGUAUACCUCUCCCGGAUUCGCAGAUUCCGGGGUUAACCUUCCCGUUCAGCUCUUGAGUAAGGCUCUAGCUUGGGCACGAGUUCGUGGCUCGGCGGACAAGGACAUUUACUUCGCGGGUCUUGUAGAAGAUCUAGAGUGUGGUAUCGACCAGAAAAUUGGUCUCUCCGCAGCAGAUUGGAUUCAAUUAAAUUGUUUCCAACUGGGAACCCAUCUCUUGCUUGGGUUGAUUACCCAUGUUCUCAUUGGUACACCGCUAUGUCGUGAUCCCAGGGCUAUUGACCUCUUCUCGAGAUACGGAGCCUCAGUGCCAGUCAGCGGGCGACGAAUUGGAUAUUUCCCACGUUUUCUCAGACCGCUUGUGGCACCUUACUUUGAGGCACCUAGACUUUCAAAGGAGCUUGAUGCGAUGCUGCUGCAACUAAUUGCCGAUCGCCGCACCUCGGAUUUGAAAGAGCCACAAACAAUCAUUGACUGGCUCUGUCGAUGGAUCCAGACAGAUCCCUCCGGUAUAUACGGUGACAUUCACAUAGCGCAGAGUUUAGUAUCUGUGGUCUUUGGCUCCGUGCAUUCCGCAGGAACAGUUCUAGCAAGCUGUUUGUAUGAGCUGAGUCGCCGCCCAGAAUAUAUUGAACCUCUACACGAAGAGGUCCGACGUGCCCUCGAAGAGCACAAUGGAUGGUGCAAAGAAGCAAUCGAGAGCAUGGUACAAGUAGACAGCUUCAUCAAGGAAUGUCACCGUCACCGCCCUAUUGCACCUGUGGCACUGACUCGUCUCGCAAAGAGCAAUCACACAUUCUCCACUGGUCUGUUCAUCCCUCGGGGCACAGUCUUGCAUGUACCUAAUACCCCCCAUCUAAUGGACGAGCGGUACUACCCCAAAAGCGAUGAAUUCGACGGGUUUCGGUUUUAUCGACAGGGCCGGCAGACUAAUUCUCCCGAUGACUUCAAGAUCACGGGCUCUUCUCCGGCCAAUCGUCAAUUUGGCGCUGGCCGACAUACUUGUCCUGGUAAACAGUUGGCGGCAGACUCCCUCCGGCUAGGGAUGGCGUAUAUUUUGAUGCACUUCAAUGUGGCUGGUGAUGGUCGCCUUGAACCUUUGGAUUCCACUCUGCAGGCAAACUUGAAGCUCCGACGACGUAACCCAACCAAGGCAAACUAA